AUGGCAAUGAGUGCUCUCUUCGGCUCCUCGCCCUCGGGUGCAGGCAUGUUGUCGACCUCGAGCCAGAAGGACCCACCGACGUUCAGAGGUCUCACUGCACCGUCUGGUGGCAUACUCCUCAACUCGGGCAGUCGACAAGCCUCGCCCUCGCCCCUGUCCAAGAGUACAGGGCAUACCAGGAGAGCGUCAGAGCUACCUCCCAGUAGCAGCUACAAGCAAGCCUACCUGCAGCCUGUUCAUGGACCGGGAAGAAUUACCGCGCCCGAAUUCGAUCUGGCUACUGCACGCAAGCUCAUUGGCCGAUCAGACUCGGCCAGCUCAGUCGGUUCAUCGACUUCAUCCGAUGAUGUCAACGGUUCCAAGCGAGACAGCAAAGCCAGAAUCAGGUUUGCACCUCUGCCUGACCCGAGAAAGUAUCGCGACGAGUUUGGCUACUACGACGAUGACUAUCCCGACGGCGACACUUCCCGUCGCGGCUCAGAGGGUUCGAUCAAUACUACAGAGCCAGCAGCAGCUACACCAGGCCAGCUGACACCCUCUACGUCCUUCUCGUCUGCGAUAACCAAUCCUGACGAUCCAUCAGGCCCCGAAGCGCAAGGCGAGCUCACGCCACGCAAUGGCGCCCAACGCAAGGAAUCCACUUCAUCUGUCACACGGAAGCUGCUCGGCGGUCUGCUCGGCAAGAAGCCAAAAGCAUCUCAGCAGGGCAGCACAGGCAUACCCGUCCGUCGCGUGUCAUCUACAGGCGGAAUUAAUUACACCGGUCGGACGACGGGCAGCAUGUUCACGUCCAAAGAGGAUCGUCGGCGUUCGUUGGUCGAUCAGGCCCUGGAGGGCACAGAUCUGAGAAGAGUACGAUCGGGUCCCUCGAGCGCAUCUCCUAGCGGUCAGCGCGCACGAUAUCCUCCCGUUGCGCAGGGCAGAGGGCGAAGAAGCAGGACGACGAGCGCCGAACCUGUCGAGGAGCCCGAUUUCGUAGAAUGGGGGUUCGGCGGCGUAGGAUCUGCUCCUGCCUUCACGGCUUCUGCCGCAGAAAGAGCGCGAGAGAGAUCUGCGAGCGUCGGCUCGGGCACACCAUCACAGCCAAAGGCAGUCUCGGCCUUCCAAGCUGACGACGCAUUCGUGUCUGGCGAAGAUGAUGACGGAAGCGGGAUGGCAUGGGUGCGCAAGCGACGACAACGUCAGAAGGAGGCCGAAGAGCAAGCCCGAGCAGAGAGAUCUAGAUCUACUUCACGCGAUGAGUCUCCCUUUGGCAGCAGAGUCGCGCGGCCCGGUGCAGACUCCAAUGAGGAGCUCUUUCAAAUGGACGACGACACGGGUACACGCACGCCGCCCCGAACUGCAGAUGCUCCUCCCAUCGUCGUUUCGCCUCCUCGCGAAUCAGCAACGCUCCACAAGGCGAUCAGCAGUCCGACAUCAGAUGACGAGACGAUCAAGAUUGCAGCCCAAGUUCCUGUGGCACGACAAGCAGAUGAGGAAGAUGAUGCGGGUGCAGAUGAUGAUCGAGAAGAGGAAGAUGAUCUGACGACAGAGGAGAAGGAGGAAGAGGACCGACUGACAGAAGCUGCUCGCAAGACGACUGCGUCUGCAAAGACAGAGAUCUUCAGCAAGCACAAGCCCGCCCCAGACGAACGCCGUCGCAUCGCUUCUUGA